ACGGGCAAGUACUGGCUGCAACUAAGCCCGGGAAAGCUCUUCUGGAACACGGCAGACCAAGGGUGGGCUAAAGCUUCUUACUCCUUUUUCGGGGCAUGGAGUUGUGGUGCCAGCUUGUUCGUAUUCGAUGACCGCGGACCGUUCAAUGCUAACCGUCUUUUGGACGUAUUGCAUCGUUUUCCGAUCACCACGCUUUGUGCGCCUCCAUUGGCGUAGCGUCAGCUUGUCCUUCGAGAGGCCAGAAAGGACUAUCAGUCCCAUGCCCCAAAAUCUCUGACUCACUGUACCGCCGCGGGUGAAGCUCCUAACGACGAAGUGAUCAGGCAAUGGAAGCACCUUUCUGGUCUUGAAAUUUACGACGGCUAUGGACAAACCGAGUCGAUUCCGCUCUGCGGCAACUUCGGCGGAUGCGCAAUCUACCCAGGCUCCAUGGGCAAGCCCGCCCCUGGUGUUCCGUUGACUGUCAUUGAUGCCAAUGGGAAAGAGUGUGGACCUGGCGAAGAAGGUACCAUGGCGGGCGCGAUG